CCUUCUGGCUUGUCUGCUCAGAUCCUGAGCCGAAAGUUGAUGUCCACUCUGAAGGACGACUACCCUAACCGAUACGAUGGUGCUGACCUGUCGGUUUUACGAGCAAAAGUUCCCCGAAAUGGAGGACGUGGUGAUGGUGAAUGUGCGCUCCAUCGCCGAUAUGGGUGCCUACGUCCAUCUCCUGGAAUACAAUAACAUCGAAGGUAUGAUAUUGUUGAGUGAGUUGUCACGUCGGCGGAUCCGCUCCAUCAACAAACUGAUUCGCGUGGGCCGCACUGAGCCCGUGGUGGUCAUUCGAGUGGACCGAGAGAAAGGCUACAUCGAUCUGUCCAAGCGUCGAGUUAGUCCCGAGGACAUUGAACGAUGCACAGAGAUCUUCUCCAAGGCCAAGGCUGUGAACUCGAUUCUGCGACACGUGGCCUCCAUUCUGGGCUACAAGUCUAACGAGGAGUUGGAAGCCCUGUAUCAAAAGACCGCUUGGCAUUUCGAGGCCAAGACCAAGAAAAAGGGCUCCAGCUAUGACUUCUUCAAGCAGGCCGUCCAGGAUCCAAGCAUGUUGGACGAAUGCGGUCUGGAUGAGAACACCAAGACCACGCUGCUCGAAAACAUACAACAGAAACUCACCCAACAAGCCGUGAAAAUACGGGCUGAUAUCGAGGUCACCUGCUACACCUAUGAAGGCAUUGAUGCCAUCAAGGAAGCUUUGCGCGCCGGAAUUGCCGUUGGAACUGAGGAGGUUCCCAUUCGCAUCAAUCUGAUUGCCCCGCCUUUGUACGUGAUGACCACCUCCACUCCGGAGAAGCAAGACGGUCUGAAGCUCAUGGAGGAAGCUUGUGAGGCUAUCAAGAGUAAAAUCACGGAGUGCGGCGGCGUGUUCAACAUUCAAAUGGCUCCCAAGGUGGUCACGGCCACAGAUGAGGCCGAUUUGGCCAAACAGAUGGAGAGAGCCGAACUGGAAAAUGCCGAGGUGUCGGGUGACGACGAUGACGAGGAUGAAGAUGGCCGUGGAGCGAAGAUAUCGGGCGAGGGUGAAGAUGACAAAUCUGGGAAGGAGGACGACGACGAGGAUGAGGACUAAGCCAAGAACGCAGUGUACUUCCUCUCCCCCUUCCAUUUCCCCCGAAGCAAGCGCCUUUUAUAUAAUGUUUAUGAAGUGUAAAGAACCGUUGGACAAAUACACCUACAUGAGCUUUGGAUA